CUUCGGGCAGUUGUUCGUGCAUUCAUCAAAGACAACAACCGGGUAUUUCCUUUCGUCAACACUGAACACAGCCAAGGAGCUUGCUAGCUCUAGACUCGCCGACUCCCCACUCGAUGCGAAUCAAUAUGUGGUCCCGCUUUUCGAGCAAUUCUUAGGAAACCUACAUUACGAUCCCGGCGAUUUCCUUGACUGAACGGGUCUAUUCGUAUAUUACACUACCUGAUCACUCUCAUCAAAAUGGAUGUGGUGCAAGCAUCGACGGGUUACGUCACCAAGAUGGUGUCGGCCGGCGAGAGCGCAACGGGGGCGCCGUCGGCCAAAAUGAAGAUCUUGCUGCUGGACAGGGAGACGUUACCUUUUAUCUCGACGGCCGUUACUCAGUCCGCGUUACUCAACCACGAGGUUUAUCUCAUGGACCGCCUCGAUAAUCCCACCCGCGAGAAGAUGCGUCAUCUUCGUUGUCUAUGCUUCGUGAGGCCACACCCCGACUCUAUCGGUCUACUUAUCGAUGAACUGCGAGAACCCAAGUACGGGGAAUACCAUCUGUUCUUUAGCAAUGUCGUCAAAAAGUCAACCCUGGAGCGUCUAGCCGAAGCGGACGACCACGAGGUGGUCAAGUUGAUUCAGGAGUACUUCCUCGACUAUUCCGUCAUCAACCCGGAUUUGUUCUCGCUCAAUAUGUCUUUGCCUAUGCAUCGGCUGUGGAGUGGCAACCCAGACACGUGGAACACGGAUUCCCUCCAACGAGCUACCGACGGCGUCAUCGCCGUCCUCCUCAGCCUCAAGAAGAAACCCCUGAUUAGGUACCAGAAAACCAGCCCCCUCGCGAAGAAACUCGCUUCCGAAGUCCGGUAUUACAUCAACCAGGAAGACCAACUAUUCGAUUUUCGCAAAGUCGAUACACCCCCUGUUCUUUUGGUCCUUGACCGGAGAGACGACCCUAUCACGCCCCUGCUCAUGCAGUGGACAUACCAGGCUAUGGUUCACCAGCUACUCGGGAUCAACAACGGCCGGGUCGACCUCAGUGACGUUCCGGAGAUCCGGCCAGAGCUCAAGGAGAUUGUCCUCUCACAGGACCAAGACCCAUUCUUCAAGAAGAACAUGUAUCUCAACUUUGGCGAUCUAGGGAGCAACAUCAAGGACUAUGUCGAGCAAUACCAACACAAAACCAAAAACAAUGCCGACAUCGAAUCAAUAGCCGAUAUGAAGCGCUUCAUUGAGGAGUACCCCGAGUUCAGAAAACUCUCGGGGAAUGUCACCAAACACGUCACACUCGUCUCCGAGCUCAGCAGGCGAGUCGGCACAGACAACCUCUUGGAAGUCAGCGAGCUUGAGCAGAGCGUAGCUUGCAACGACAACCACGCAGCCGACCUCAGGAACAUCCAAAACCAAAUCCAGAUCCCCUCCGUCACGCCCGAAAGCAAAGUCGCCCUCGUCGCCCUCUACGCCCUGCGCUACGCGAAGCACCCCUCCAACGCGCUGCCCAUGCUGGUCGACCUGCUCACCGCCGCGGGCGGCGUCCCGGCCCGCAAGGCCGCCCUGGUCACCCACCUGCUCACCUACCACCACUCGCUGCAGCAGUCGGCCGCGUCCGGGUCGGGCAUCACCGACCUGUUCGAGUCGGCCGGCCUCUUCAGCGGCGCCGGCUCGCGCUUCAAGGGCCUCAAGGGCGUCGAGAACGUCUAUACCCAGCACUCCCCCCUGCUCGAGAUGACGCUGCAGCAGCUCGUCAAGGGCAAGCUGCGCGAGUCGCAGUUCCCGUUUGUUGAGGGUGGUGGGGCGACGAGGGAUAAGCCGCAGGAUGUGGUGGUGUUUAUUGUGGGCGGGGCGACGUAUGAGGAGGCUAAGAUGGUGGCGGGGAUCAAUGCGUCGACUCCGGGCGUUAGGGUGGUGUUGGGCGGCACGACGGUGCAUAAUACGGCGACGUUUUUGGAGGAGGUGGAGGAUGCCGUGGGGGGUUGGCCUGAGGUUGGGGCGGGGAGGAGGCGUUGAGGG